GGCCACCCCGGAAAGGGGCGGGGCGGAGGGGGCCCCGCUGGCGGAAGUGACGCAUUAUGCGCGCGCCGGAUGAGGGCGCGGGGGCGGGAGGGGUUCAGCGCCGCCGCUGGCGGGUCUGUGCAGCGCCUGGAGGGAGCUGGAGCGGCAGGUUUUGGACUGUAUUUUAGACUUACUACACAGACUUUUCUGGAGCUGAUGUUUUCAUAACGUUUCAAGAGUGGCUGAGAAACUAGUUGCUGGAAUGCUUUAGGGGGAAAAAUCCCGUGAGGGUUUGGAAUUACUUUUAUUGAAUUGGUGGAUUUAUUUCUAUCCCGACCAAAGAAGUAAUUGGAAUCAUGGAUCAGAACAACAGCUUACCGCCCUACGCCCAGGGGUUAGCAUCCCCUCAGGGUGCCAUGACUCCUGGAAUUCCAAUUUUUAGCCCAAUGAUGCCCUAUGGCACUGGACUGACACCACAGCCUGUCCAAAGCAGCAACAGUCUGUCGAUUCUGGAGGAACAGCAGAGACAGCAGCAGCAAGCAGCACAACAGUCCACAUCGCAGCAAGCCACGCAGGGAACAUCCAGUCAAACGCCACAGCUCUUCCAUUCACAGACUCUUACUACAGCUCCUUUACCAGGAACCACGCCACUCUAUUCCUCUCCAAUGACUCCUAUGACCCCAAUAACGCCUGCAACGCCUGCGUCUGAGAGCUCUGGGAUUGUGCCACAGCUGCAGAAUAUUGUAUCCACUGUGAAUCUUGGGUGCAAACUUGACCUAAAAACCAUUGCGCUUCGAGCCCGAAAUGCCGAAUACAAUCCCAAGCGUUUUGCUGCUGUCAUCAUGAGAAUAAGAGAACCACGUACUACUGCACUUAUAUUCAGCUCUGGAAAAAUGGUGUGCACAGGGGCAAAAAGCGAGGAGCAGUCCAGAUUGGCAGCAAGGAAAUAUGCCAGAGUUGUUCAAAAAUUGGGCUUUCCAGCAAAAUUCUUGGAUUUUAAGAUUCAGAACAUGGUGGGAAGCUGUGAUGUGAAAUUUCCUAUCAGAUUAGAGGGAUUGGUGCUUACACAUCAACAGUUUAGCAGUUAUGAGCCAGAGUUGUUUCCUGGCUUAAUCUACCGAAUGAUCAAGCCAAGAAUUGUCCUGCUUAUUUUUGUUUCUGGAAAGGUGGUUUUAACUGGUGCUAAAGUCAGAGCAGAAAUUUAUGAAGCAUUUGAAAAUAUAUAUCCAAUUUUAAAGGGAUUCAGAAAGACAACGUAACAGUUUUUACAUACUUUCAAAGAAAUUUUUGAAGUACAUUUUAAAAGGUAUGGAGUAUGGCACAGUAGUAACAAGAGAUGGACUUUCAGUUACAAACUGCAACACCAAGACUCGGAGUGUUUUCCAGUUAGUGCCUACUUCCCUGAUACUCAUGGGAAACUAUUAUUUUUAUGGAUUAUGUCUACUGAGUUACGGUGAAUUGCUUUAUUGAGCUGUUGUUGGAGCACCUCUUGUAAGUUUUAUUUAUAUUUUAGCUUUUGAUUAAUUUUAAUGUCAAUGCUUUUAGGCACCCACAAAUUGGUAAGUUGGUUUGAGAAAAAUGCAACCCCAAAUGGUGUAAACCACUUCAGUGGCUGUAUGUUUUUAUCUUUUUCAUAAAUGUUUUUAUAAUCUUACUUCAAAAGUUACUUUUAAAAGUUGUUCUCCAUUUGUAGAUUUUUUUUUUUGUGCACCAGACAUUCCCUCUUUCCAGCGUUCAGCAGGACAGAAUAAAUUUAUUAAUGAAAAUGGCUAGCUGUAUAUAUUUUUUGAGAAACAAAUGUCAUGUUUUUUCAGCUCUAUAUGUACAUUAAUACUGUUUAUAAAACUCUAGGGGGAAGACCCUUAAUGACUUUUAAAAAGUAACCCUGCUUGACUUUCGCUGCUGUUAAUGUUGUAAAUGCAUGCUGUAGAAAUAUGUAAUGUACUGAAUACUUGAGUCUUUUAUAUGACUUUCUUAAUAACAAGCCAGUAUUAAAGCAGUGCAUUUGCCAUGUGAUUUUUGACCCUAUUUUCCUCAAAAUAGUGAUUCCCCCAUCUGGUUUGGUUAUAAGCAGUUGGGUAUUUUAGACACCAGUAUUAACAUUCUGAUUUCACUGGGGUUCUUAAGAUACUGUAAAAGUAAAAAUAUUCUUCUGCUUGGUGUUAUUAAAGACUUCUAGUAUGAAGUUCUGUUUCAUCUGAAUGACAGGUAAUUUGUGCAGAGCUAAUGUUUAGCUGAAAAUGUGAAUUGAAAUCUUUAAGUGGUGGUAGUAAAAAAGAUAUUCUGCUAAAAUCUUGUGUAAUGUCACAACCAAGUCUUUGUUAUGAUUGCAGCAGUGCUAUUCAUAAACUGACAUUUUUCUAAGUACUUUGUGUUCCAGUGCAGUCUCAAAGCCCUCAGUUAAAGCACUAGUAUAUAAAUAAUGCACUUUCCCUUUGCACUGCAUCUGGCAUUCAACAAGCAGAGGGCUGAAGUUAAGAAGAUCGCAGCCUGAGAUGGCUGUGCAAUUCUGGUCGUGAUAACCCUUCCACUGAACUGUAGAGUCAAGCUUCAAAGAUACCAAUAGACAGGACACAAGAAUGAGGUGAAUUCAAAUGUAUGUUCAGCUUAAUUGAGGGCCAACUAGAUAACUCUGAAAUUGCUGAUUUCAGAGUAGCAGCCGUGUUAGUCUGUAUUCACAAAAAGAAAAGGAGGACUUGUGGCACCUUAGAGACUAACAUUUAUUAGAACAUAAGCUUUCGUGAGCUACAGCUCACUUCAUCGGAUGCAUUUGCCACAAGUACUCCUUUUCUUUCUGAAAUUGCUGUUCCCGUACAGGACCAGACAAAAGGAAAAAAUUGUGACGCUGCCUCCCAGAAUAUUGUAGUUUCAAAAAAACUGUGGGAAAUGCAAACUUACGGUUGGCCAUGUCUCACUCCUCCCUUCCCCCUCAAAGUUUUGUAUACUAUCUUUUAUAAGAUUUAAGUAAUUUUAACUUUAACCAACCCUUAUCUUAAAAUAGUGCAUGUCACUUUUAAACUUGAGUUUCAGUAGCACUAUGGCCUUGUAAUUCCUAACAGCUACAUCUCCUUCAGUGGAUGCUGAAGUCAGAACUUGAGCUGCAUCCUUUGGGAACUACACAUCUGAGAAUAGCAGACAAAGCUACAGUAAGUAAACUUGAAUGGAUUUACAUUCAAAGGAAAUGUUAGAACAUUUAGUUAAAGUGACACAUGUUUUGACAUGACUAAGGCAAGGGCUAGAGAUGCUACAGCUUCUUUAGCAGUAGUAGCAUUCCUGAAUCCUCUGUGUGGCUAAUGGUUUACUUCUGCAGAGCUUUUAAAGAACUGUUGGGCCAUACUUGCAGGAUGGCAGACUAUCUUUUUCAGUCACUGCUUCCAGGACUGAGUAAGAAUAGAGAGGUUAUUUUACCUUUGUAUUUGGCACUGAUGUGACUGCUGCUGGAAUACAGUGUCUAAUUCUGGUGCAAUUCAAGAAGGAUGUUGACAAAUUGGAGAGGGUUCAGAAAGGAGCCCUGAGAAUUAUUAGAGGAUGAGAAAACGUGCCUUAGUGAUAGACCCAAGUAGCUCAAUCUGUCUAACUUAACAAAGAGAAGGUUAAGGGAUGAUUUGAUUACAGGUUGUAAGUACCUACCUGGGCAACAAAUAUUUAACAACUUCAGUCUAGCUAAGAAAGGUAUAAUAUCGCCCAAUGGUUGGAAUUUGAAGCUAGCCAACUUCAGCGUGGAAAUAAGGUGUAAAAUUUUAAUGGUGAGUAAUUUACCAUGGCGGAGGAUUCUUCUUCACUGACCAUUUUUAAAAUCAAGACUGGAUAGGAAAGAUCUGAGAUGACAGAAGUAAAUAUGAAACUGAUACCUCUUGUAUAUAUGGGUGCUAUUUUCAAGGGGACACCUCUAUGAGCCAAGGUACUGCAGAGGGGAAUUUCUGAUAAUACACCAGGACAACCUGACAGUUAAUUACUUCCAGCAGAGAACUAACAUAUUCCAGGUGCAGUAGGAUUCAGUUUUUUAAAUAACCAAUUAAAUACACACCUGAAUUGGGAGAAACUACAUUUGCAUAGCACCCUUAAGCUCUCUCAAUCUAGAUAAUCUUUUUAAAGCUACUGUACCAUGUAGAAUAAUUUUUCAAUUUACUUUGCAGCAGUUGGUAGCUUAAUUAUUGAAUUUGCUGUCAGUCUGCACAGCAAUGGAAUAUUUCUGCUCUCUGGCUUUGAUGUAAAAAUAGGCAAAUAAAGAGGAAUCUUAACUGCCAGAGCUAAAACACUAACUUAUUAAAUAUUUUUGAAAAGCUGUACAAACCAGUAUGUGCCAAGCAAAUUGCAUUUAAUUUAUAUUGUAAGAGCCUCCCUUCCACAAUGCUAUGCACAGAUUGUAACCUUUGGGCAGGGACUAAGUUUCCCUCAUAC